CAAGCCUGCAAGGGGCAGCAGACUCUCACAGCCCAAACGCAUCAGCAGGCUCAGCUGUGCUAAGAUGGCAUACGUUUAUAAGAAAUUGAAGGAGCUUCCACGGACUCUUUCCAGGAGCGAGUCUCUGUGCCAUUUGCCGUGGAAGCCCAGCAUGUGUGCGGAGUGUCCUAUUCCUCUCCGCUGCUCCAGUCUGCCCAUUCUGCUGGAGCAGGGUGGUGUUCCUGACACGCUCCCACCCCAAGAGUGUUUCCCAUACAUCCAGAACAUCUGGGCAGAUGAGGUCUUUCCGUGGCCGGAGGACAUCAGCACCAGGAGGGACCAGGAAGCUAGAAAAACCUGCCCAGAUUCCAGUGAGAAGCAGAAGAAACAACCUUGGAAGGUUGAGGUCCAGGUGGAGAAUAUAGUGGAUCUCUCAGACACGCUGGAUGCGGGUCUCACCACCGCAGACCUGGAGAAGGAGGUGGCCAGGCUCACCCAGGCUAUGGCUGAGUGUGGGCGGAACAGCCCCUUCCACCUGUGCCGCAGAGGAGCGCUGUACAAAAAACUCGGCCAUCUCAGCCUAGCCCUCGAGGAUCUCAAUGCUGCCAUCUCCCUGGAGCCUCGUUUACUAGAUGCCUACUGGCACAGACACAGCAUCUACCUGCUGAGAAACGUCCCCGAUAGCGCUCUCCCUGAUCUGAGCUUCAUCAUCAGGCACAACCCUAAGCAUGCAGAUGCGUUUAAGUCAAGAGCCGAGAUCUACAGAAUGAGGGGAGAGACCACUCUGGCCAUAAUCAACUACACACAGGCCAUCAAGAACAACCCGGAUAAUGCUGAAAACUACUUUAAAAGAGCUGAGAUGUAUACCAAGAGAAAUGAGGCCGUUUUGGCCAUGGAGGAUUAUGCUAAGACUUUUGCCAUUGACCCUACGAGGACAGAUGCCCUGAUGACCCAUGGCAUAUACCACUUCCACGGCCAUGCCUGGAGGGUUGCCCUGGAAGACUUCUCCCUCCUGCUGGUACAGGAGCCUGCCAACAGCACAGCCAGGACAUAUAGAGGAAGGAUCUUUACCAAGCUUGGUCGAUAUCAGGAUGCCAUUGAGGAGUUUUCCCUGGCUGUGCACUUGAAUCCCAGGGACUGGCUGGCUUUUUACCACCGUGGCUGUGUCCUGAGAAAGAUAAGGCCAGCUAUGGCCAUAAGAGACCUUAGUACUUCGGUGCUUAUUAAUGAUAGUUCAGAGAAUGUGAGAGCGUUCCUUCACCGCGGCCUGCUCUACUCAGAUCUCCAGCAGUGGCAGCAGGCCUUGGCUGACUUUGAAGCUGUGAUCCAUAUGGACAGGACUAUCACUGUGGCCCAUAUCAACCUGGGGCUAAUAUACAUGCUGAAGAUGGACCAGAAUUAUGAUGCCAUUGAAAUGUUCAGCAAUGCUUUAAAGGUGGAACCCACAUACAUAAGAGGCUAUAUAUGCCGGGCCAGAGCUUAUCACAAUUUGAAUAAUCUGGAGAAAGGACUGAAGGACUUGACUAGAGCCAUACACAUGAGGCCAGAUGACCAACAGCUGCAUAUUAUGAGAGGGAAGUACUUGUGUGAUAUGGAGAAGUUUGAUCUGGCAAAGUCCUGUAUUCUGUAUGCAGCAGAGAUGAACAAAGCUCUGGGCUUGUCCCUGGUCCAGCAGGCGGUAGUCCAGUCUUUCCUGCGGAACGAUGCCAAGGCCAUGGAGUGUCUCCAGGUGGCUGCCAGGACCCACCACUCCCCUUCCAUCUUCAUCCUAUUAGGAAAGACCCAGAUGAAGGCGCACAGGUUCAUGGAAGCAGUGGAGAGUUUCAGAACAGCUAUUUCACUCCUGAGUCCCAAAGAAAUGAGUCUCUGUGAUGGUCCAGGAGCCUCUGAUCUCUUCUACCUCACUGGCGUAUGCUACAUGGCUCAGGGCGAAGAGCAUGUGCUGCCUCAGGCUCUGGAUGCAUUUAGUACAGCAUUGAGGAUCAACCCUGACCAUGCUGACGCCUUUCACCAGAGAGGCCUGUGUCGUCUGCGCCUACAGCAGCCAAAGAACAUGCAGGACUUCAACAGAGCCCUCCAAAUCAACCCUGACGCCUACCAGGUGUAUCUAAGCCGUGCUGCUUUGUAUGGGGCUAAUGGGCGAUAUUCGAAGGCAAUUCUCAACUGUAAUGAAGCUAUAAGGAUCCAGCCAAAGAGUGUCAGGGCCUACUUAUACAGAGGAGCUCUCAAAAUCUAUUUAAAGGUGUACAAGGAGGCAGUGAAGGAUUUGACCAUGGCCAUCAAAAUUGAUGCCGCCUGUUCCUUAGCAUACUAUAACCGAGGAGUGUGUUACCAACAGCUGCGGGAGUACGAACUGGCUCUCCGAGACUACAGCAUAGUACUGCUGCUUCCCAGUCAGAAAGAGACUGACCUUAAAGUGCUAAUAAACCGUGCUCUUGUCUAUGCGGAGCUUAAUGACCAUUACAGCACCCUGCAGGACUUGAAAGCUGCUUCAAAGAAACAGCCAGAAGAUGCAGUUAUGUACCAUGCCCUGGGAGUCUAUUACCACAGGUUGGGACAGCUGCAGGAGGCGGAGGAGGCCCACACCGAGGCUUUGAGACUCAAUCCCUUCCUGCUGGAUGCCUACGUGGGACGCGGUAAUGUCUUCAUGGACUAUGGCCAUAUCCAGGCUACUAAACAAGCCCAGAGGGACUUCCUUUCUGCCCUGCACCACAACCCGUGCUGCUCCAGUGCUCGCAUCGGCUUGGCCUACAAUUUCCAGGUGUGUGGAUUCUUCCAGAGAGCCUGGAAUCAGUUCACUGUGGCCGUGGAGAUUAAUCCAAAGAGUUGGACAGCCUAUGAAGGAAGAGCUGUUGUGAGUCUGCAGAUGGGGAAUGCAUAUGCAUCUUUUCAGGACAUAAACAAUGCUCUGAAGUGCAAUCCUGAGUCAGACCGGCUUCUCACAAACCGAGGUGUGAUAAAUCAGUUCAUGGGGGACAAGCCUAGUGCCCUGAGAGACUAUCAGGAAGCCAUUUCCCUCAACCCCACGUAUGCCCUGGCCUUCUUCAAUGCUGCUAACCUCUUUUUCUACAACAGGCAGUUUGAACAGGCAUGUGAGUACUACAGCCGGGCCUUUGAACUUGAGCCCAGCAAUGAGGCCGCCGUGCUGAACCGAGCCAUUGCCCGGGCUCUGCUGCGGAAAGUUCCGGAAUCCUUGCAGGACUUUAGUGAGGCGUUUCGACUCAGCCCUCAGUCAGUUCGUGUGUACUUCAACCGGGCCAACCUGUAUGUCUCCCUCAGAAGAUACAAGGCUGCAGAGAUGGACUUCACACACGCUCUUGAGCUUCAGCCUGAUGAUGCUCUGCUGUACAAGCUCAGGGCAGAUGUCCGUGGUCAUCUGGGACUGAUAAAGCAGGCAGUGGCGGACUAUAGAACUGCAGUGGAACUCCAAGAUGCCACACAGCAUUCUCAUCCAGACCUCUCACACAGAUGAUCCAGCCCCUUAGGAGUGGGCACAUACGGGGCACUUG